CGCCGGGCGGACAAAAAUGAUGACGGGAAGCUGUCCUUGGAGGAGUUCCAGCUCUUCUUUGCAGACGGUGUCCUCAAUGAGAAGGAACUUGAGGAUCUCUUCCACACGAUUGACUCUGACAACACCAACCAUGUGGACACCAAGGAGCUCUGUGAUUACUUUGUGGACCACAUGGGGGACUAUGAGGACGUCUUGGCCUCCCUGGAGACCCUGAACCACUCUGUCCUGAAGGCCAUGGGCUACACCAAGAAGGUGUAUGAGGGCGGGAGCAACGUGGACCAGUUCGUGACCCGCUUCCUCCUGAAGGAGACGGCCAAUCAGAUCCAGUCGCUCCUGAGCUCUGUGGAGAGUGCUGUGGGGGCCAUAGAAGAGCAGACCAGCCAGAUCCGGCAGACCCACAGCAAACCCAGCCACGACGUCACAGAGACCUGGUACGGAAAUGCCACACCCCCCUAUACCCCCAAUCACAAGCUAGCAGCCACGGAACAAGGGAGGAGCCUUCCUGCUGUGUCUGCAGACCCAAAGGAGGAGGGCCUGGGAGUCCAGGUGAGCCGGCUGGCCGACCUGAUCGCAAGGCUGGAGAACAAGACGCUCUGGUUUGACCUGCAGCAGCGGCUCUCUGGCAUCGAAGGCACCAGCGUGCACCUGCAGCUGAUCCGGCAGGAGAUGGCGGUGUGCCCCGAGCAGCUGAGCGAGUUCCUGGAGUCCCUGCGGCUGUAUCUUCGGGCCACGGCGGGAGAGAGGGACUGCUUCCACAUCGCAGCCAUGAGGCUGUUGGACGGCUUCACCUUCGUUGUCUAUGAGUUCUGGGAGACCGAGGAGGAGUGGAAGAGGCACCUGCAGAGCCCAGCAUGCAAGGCGUUCCGGCACACCAAGGUAGACACGCUGCGCCAGCCUGAGGCCCUGUCCCGGAUCUCUGUGCCUGGUGAGGGCGAGCGGCUCGGGACAGAGCCGGGAUGGGGAGCAGAUGUUGCCCCAGCGGGAGGGGGCCUGCCGCGCUCCCCUGGCCUCUGCACCUACAGCCUCUGUGGGAUCCGGCUCAGCGCUUUGAAGAAUGUUCUCAGGGGCCCAGGCUCCCGGCGGGACAACUGGAGACCCAUCCAGCUGGGCAUGGUGCCCGAGGCCCUCCGUCAGCCCUGCUUGACCCCUGUUCCCCAACACUACAGCGUCCGCUACUGCCAGCCCACUGUGCUCAGAGCCUUCCCGCGGCCUCAAGAUCCCAGGGCAGGAACAGACUCAGAGCAGAACACAGCCCAGAAAGGUGGCCUCAAAUGUCAGCCCCUCCUGCUGGGUGCUGGCACUGGCUUCAAGGACAACGUCCCAAGCCCCAAGCAGGGCUCCCUGGGCCGCGGCCCCACUCGCACCGUGGCACCAGAGACUGUGCACUAG